AUGCAACUUACACUUCAAAAAUUUGGCAUCACAGGUUGGAUGAUGAAAGCCAUCUUGUCAUUAUAUUCACAGCCAUCCGCUAGUGUUCUCACAGAUGGCACAUUAUCCGAUCCCUUCGACAUAUCAAACGGUACAAGACAAGGCUGCCCACUCUCCCCGAUAAUAUUUACACUCCUUAAUGAACCCUUAGCUUCCAAACUCAGAGAGGACAGAACAUUUACACAUUUUAUACAUUUUAACAUGGAACACAAAAUCAGCCUAUUUGCGGAUGAUAUAAUAUUAAUGGUGUCCACCCCAAAAAAAUCCCUCCAAACGAUUCACUCACACCUAUAUACCUACUCAACAGUUUCAUACUACAAACUUAAUGAACCCAAAUCUUCCAUACUUAACCUUCACAUCUCAGCCCAACUCCAAAUCCAACUAGCCAAACAAUUCCCAUUUUUAUGGGAAACAAACAGCAUUCCUUACUUA